UUGGCGGUGGUGAGAUCACGGUGCGCCCGGUUUAAGCAGACUGAAACCCGACGUUACAGAAGAUGAACACUGAGACUUUGACCCACCCUGAGGUGUUUGGACAGUUUAGGAGGGAUCUGUACGGAGAUCAGGCGUCUUUUCACAAAAACGUGCACGUCUUCAUCAUCCUGGGAGCCUCUGGAGAUCUUGCGAAGAAGAAGAUCUAUCCAACAUUAUGGUGGUUAUUCAGAGAUGGCCUGCUCCCAGAUGAGACCUACAUUGUGGGUUUUGCGAGGUCCAACCUGACCUUAGAGGACGUCAGGGCAGCCUGUCUGCCUCAUAUGAAGGUUGCCAAUGAUGAGAGUGAGCAUCUCUCAGCAUUUUUCAGAAAGAACUCCUACCUGAGCGGAAGGUAUGAUGACGGCACCUCCUUCUCCCAGUUAGACGCUCAUCUGUCAUCUCUGUCGAGAGGAGCUGAUAGCACCAACCGACUGUUCUAUCUGGCUCUGCCACCUACCGUUUACCACCACGCCACCAAAAACAUCAGAAUCCACUGCAUGAACCCUAAGUCAGUCACAUUUGCUCAAAAAGUCACAACGCUGUUCAACCACAUUUUGCUAAUCAUCUGUGUUUCUACUAGAGGGUGGAACAGAAUGAUUGUUGAAAAGCCUUUCGGCCACGAUCUCCAGAGCUCACAGGAGCUAUCAGCCCAUCUCUCCAGUCUGUUCACAGAAGACCAGAUCUACCGCAUAGACCACUAUCUGGGCAAGGAGAUGGUCCAAAACCUCAUGGUGCUCAGAUUUGGCAAUCGAAUCUUUGGCCCAAUAUGGAACAGGAACAGCGUUGCCUGUGUGGUCCUCACCUUUAAGGAGCCAUUUGGCACUCAGGGUCGUGGUGGUUAUUUUGAUGAAUUUGGUAUCAUUCGAGAUGUCAUGCAGAACCAUCUCCUGCAGAUGCUCUGCUUGGUUGCUAUGGAGAAACCAGCUUCUACAAGCCCGGAUGAUGUGAGGGAUGAGAAGGUGAAGGUGUUGAAGUCUAUCACUCCUGUUGCAUUGUCAGAUGUGGUACUAGGCCAGUAUGUGGGUGACCCUAACGGAGAUAUUCAUUCUAAAUUGGGUUACCAAGAUGACCCUACUGUACCAGAAGGCUCCUGCACCCCAACCUUUGCCACAGCUGUGCUCUAUGUUCAGAAUGAACGAUGGGAUGGAGUUCCUUUCAUUCUGCGCUGUGGCAAAGCCCUGAAUGAGCGGAAGGCAGAAGUGCGUCUGCAAUUCACUGAUGUCCCAGGAGACAUCUUUCAUGAUCACAUCCAAAGGAACGAGCUGGUCGUUCGAGUGCAGCCGAAUGAGGCCAUUUAUCUGAAGAUGAUGACCAAGAGGCCUGGAGUUUACUUCAGCCCAGAGGAAACUGAGCUCGACCUCACUUAUAAGAGCAGAUACAAGAAUGUGACGCUCCCAGAUGCUUACGAAAGACUGAUACUGGAUGUUUUCUGUGGGAAUCAGAUGCACUUUGUCCGCAGUGAUGAGCUGCGGGAAGCCUGGAGGGUCUUCACCCCCCUCCUGCACCACAUAGAAAAGGAGAAGACACGCCCCAUCCCCUACACAUACGGAAGUCGUGGUCCGCGGGAAGCAGAUGAGCUUGUGAAGAGGGCAGGAUUCCGCUACGAGGGAACGUACAAAUGGGUGCAGCCAUGCACAACAUGAUGCAUUCAUUCUUCACACAAAUGCACAUUCUCAUGUAGUCAUAAGGCAAGUUUCCGAACAACAUUUUGCUGCUGGACCAUUGUAUGAUUUUGUUUGCAUGUUUAAAAAAAA